AUCGCUAAACAAAGCUCUGUGUUGAUGUGAUUUCCGUUGCCAUUUGGAUGAUCAGUUGUGACUUGUCUCUCGUUACGUGCGGACGUAUUUAAUUGUGAUCUUGUCGCCCCGUGUCACCCACUUCCUACCCUCUAUUGCCACCCAGCUGCUCUCCACAUCCAAGUCUACAAAAAUGCUCUCUCUGCGGCUCGGUCUGGCGUUGACUGCGCUGCUCUCAGCUCUGCAGUUGAGCAGCGCUGCCAAGCCGCAUAUGGUUUGCUACUACGACUCAUUGGGCUUUGAGCGGCGAGGCCUCGCUCAGUUCACCCUCACUGAUAUGGAGCUGGCGCUGCAGUUUUGCACGCACGUGAUCUAUGGCUAUGCGGGCAUCAAUCCGGACACCUUCGAACUGAAUAGCCUAAAUCCUCGGCUGGACUUUGAGCGACGUCAUUAUGCACAAAUAACGGUGCUCAAGGAGAAAUAUCCAUAUGUUAAGUUCCUAUUGAGCGUGGGCGGUGAUCGCGACCUGGAGCAGGAGGAUAAAUAUAUUAAGCUUCUGGAGUCUGGCCUGCAGGGCCAGAAGCGUUUCAUUGACUCCGCAAGGGAUGUCGUUCGUCGCUUUAACUUCGAUGGUGUGGAUCUGGCGUUCCAGCUGCCACGCAACAAGCCCCGCAAGGUGCACUCAGAUGUGGGCAUGGCCUGGAAAAGUUUCAAGAAAUUUUUCACCGGCGAUUUCGUUGUGGACACCGAGGCUGAGACGCACAAGGAACAGUUGACCGGUCUUGUCAGCAAUCUGAACACUGCUCUGAAGGCAAAUGAUCUACUGCUCAGUCUCACCGUUCUACCGAAUGUGAACUCCACCUGGUAUUUUGAUGUACCUGCUAUCGGUAGAUCUGUGGACUUUGUCAAUCUGGCCACCUUUGAUUUUGUGACGCCCACUCGCAAUCCCGAGGAGGCGGACUACUCAUCUCCACUGUAUGAGGUCCCCGAUCAGAGUCGCCUGCCCCACUACAACGUCAACUUCCAAAUGGAGCACUGGCUGCUGCAGCGCAUGCCGGCAAGCAAACUGAACAUUGGCAUUGCCAGUUAUGGACGGGCAUGGAAACUGACCACAGAUUCGGGAACCACUGGACAGCCCGUGGUGGCAGAAACCAACGGACCAGCGCCAGCCGGUUCCCAGUCCAAGACAGAUGGUCUUUUGAACUGGGCUGAAAUCUGUCAACUGCUGCCCAAUCCCAGCAACGUGAAUGCCAAAGGAAACGCCGCUCCGCUACGUCGGGUGUCCGAUUCAACUAAACGCCUGGGCAGCUAUGCCUACCGCGCUGCGAAUGAGGACGGCGAGUAUGGCAUGUGGGUUAGCUACGAUGAUCCCGAUACGGCUGCCAGCAAGGCGCAGUAUGUGCGUGCCAAGAAUCUCGGCGGUGUCGCCCUGUUCGAUCUGACGCAGGAUGACUUCCGUGGCCAGUGCACCGGUGAUCGUUUCCCCAUGCUGCGAGCCAUCAAGUAUCGACUACUCUGAUCCACAGACAUAUAUUAAGUGCACACACACACACACAUAUAUAUAUCGAGGAUUGCUGCUCCAAAUGUCUGUCCUCUUGCUAAUUAAUUACAAACUUGUUAACUAAAA